UUUUUCUCCGUGAAAAUCAAAGCAGGUAAGAAGGUGGGUGUCUGUGACAGAUACAGAGUCAGCACAGUUAGCUUACAGCGUUUUCUCACCCUCGCUUCACGACCCUGUGGUUGGCGUAAAGCCCGAGUUAAACAUCGAUAUGUGGGAGCAGGAGGAAUUUGCCAAACAUUGGAGGAAUGAAUUUCCUGAUGGAGAAGUGCCCCGAAUGGACUUGAACUCUGUAGAGGACAUCGAGUCGGAGCUGGAGACAUGUAAAGCCAACCUGAAGACACUGCAGAAGGCGCUGGCGGAGGAGAAAUUCAAGGUGAUCUACCUGCAGACCACCAUGUCUCGAGGGAAGAGAAGCGACCCGGAAAGGGUUGACUGCAAGGAUGAAAACUUUAAUGCUGACACCUUCGGCUUUGCUAAAACUGGAAAUAUUAUAAAACAGCAGCGGAGGGACGAGGAAGUGGACGGUCACAGGAUGUCUAAGGUCUCCAACUCUGGAGAGCUGAAGCACCACGGUGCGGGUAACACAGCGGGAGUCACGAGCUGCUUCAGCCGGGAACGGAGCAGGUUUAGCGGGAAGACAGGUAAGCCCGUCCCCAUCCCAGUCCCGCCGCGGAAGCCCAGCUUUCAGAGAGUAGACCCGGCCCACGGUGGCGUCUGUCCACCGAAUGAUAACGAGCCGAGCAGUGACCGAGAGUACGAGGACACCGAGCUGAAUGAAAAUUUUGUCAGGAAUAAUUUGUUGACACCAAAAACGGCGGGCAAGGACAACCUCAUGACCUCGAGUAGUUACCGGGACAACCGGCGGCCUUUCCGCCACAGCAGGGACUUCGACUCCGGCGAUGACGGCAGGCUGUCCCCGUCCUUCCAGCAGAUUCUCCGCAGGGCCUCCCGGGGCUCCGGGUGCAGCACCCCUGACAGGAGGAGUGAUGGGUACCUGAGCUCCGACCAUGACGACUCUUCUUCUGCAGACUUUAACUACAAUACAGAUGGCUACGAGGGCGACGGAGCUGAAGACGGCAAGUCUCAGGACGGCUCCGAGACGCUGCCCUAUAUAGACGAGUCGCCCACCAUGUCCCCCCAGCUGUGCGCGCCUCAAGGACCCGACGGAGAGACAGUCUCCCCCACACCACCCGAGGGCCUGCUGGCAGGGGGAGAGAUAGAGAAAGGACUGGAGAUGAAAAAACUGGUGUUGUCUGGUUUCUUAGCCAGCGAGGAGAUCUACAUUAACCAGCUGGAGGCUCUUCUACUGCCCAUGCGUCCUCUGAAAGCCACGGCCACAACCUCCCAGCCCGUCCUGACCAUCCAGCAGGUGGAGACCAUCUUCUACAAAAUCCAGGACAUCUUCGAGAUCCACAAGGAGUUCUAUGACGCUCUUUUACCCAACAUCCAGCAGUGGGACGAGAAGGUCACUGUGGGACAUCUGUUCCAGAAGCUGGCCAGCCAGUUGGGAGUGUACAAAGCCUUUGUGGACAACUACAAGGUGGCGCUAGAGACAGCGGAGAAAUGCAGCCAAGCCAACAGUCAGUUCCAGAAGAUAUCCGAGAACCUCAAAGUAAAAGGACCUAAAGGCUCCAAAGAUUGUACCACAAGUGUUUCAAUGGAGGCUCUCCUUUACAAACCCAUUGACCGUGUUACCAGAAGCACCCUGGUCCUUCAUGAUUUACUGAAACACACUCCUAAGGACCAUCCAGACUUCCCCCUGCUGCAGGACGCUUUGAGGAUAUCUCAGAACUUUCUCUCUUCCAUCAACGAGGAGAUCGACCCUCGCAGGACAGCUGUGACCACACCCAAAGGAGAGGCCCGUCAGCUGGUGAAGGAUGGCUUCCUGGUGGAGGUAUCAGAAAGCUCCAGGAAGCUACGACACGUUUUCCUUUUCACCGAUCUGCUGCUCUGUGCCAAGAUGAAGAAGACCGCUGUGGGUCGCCACCAGCAGUAUGAGUGCAAGUGGUACAUCCCUCUGGCAGACUUGACCUUCCAAACCCUGGACGACUCCGACUGUUGCCCCAGCAUCCAUGUUCUGCCCGAGCACGAGAUCGAAGAGAUGAAGAUCAAGAUAUCAGUCCUAAAGAGCGAGAUACAGAAAGAGAAGAAAGCACCUAAGGGUCAGAGUCGCGUGGAGCGUCUGAGGAAGAAGAUGAACGAGCAGGAGUCUUGGCUGCUCCUACACUCGCCCACCAUCCCCUUCCGCGUCCACAACAAACAUGGAAAGAGCUACUAUUUCCUCCUCUCCUCAGACUAUGAGAGGUCAGAGUGGAGGGAAAGCAUCCAGAAGCUACAGAAGAAAGAUCUGCAGUCGUGUGUAUUAAGCUCUGUGGAGCUCCAGGUCCUGACCAGCUCCUGUUUCAAACUCAGAACCGUCCACAACAUUCCUGUCACCAGUAACAAAGACGAUGAGGAGACUCCGGGCUUAUACGGCUUUCUGCAUGUGAUCGUCCACUCUGCCAAAGGUUUCAAGGAGUCAGCCAAUCUAUACUGCACCCUCGAAGUGGACUCGUUCGGAUACUUUGUCAGCAAGGCCAAGACCAGAGUCUUCAGAGACACAUCAGAGCCGCAGUGGAACGAAGAGUUCGAGAUUGAGUUGGAGGGCUCCCAGUACCUGCGGAUCCUGUGCUACGAGAAUUGUUACGACAAAAGCAUGCUCAACAAGGACGACAACGAGAUCGUGGACAAGAUCAUGGGAAAGGGACAAGUCCAGCUCGAUCCUCAGACCGUGCAGUCCAAAAACUGGCACAUGGACGUCAUAGAGAUGAACGGGAUCAAAGUGGAAUUCUCCAUGAAGUUUACAAGUCGGGACCUCAGCUUGAAGAGAACGCCUUCCAAAAAACAGAGUGGGGUGUUUGGAGUCAAAAUCAAUGUGGUGACAAAGCGCGAGCGCUCCAAGGUGCCUUACAUUGUCCGUCAGUGCAUUGAGGAGGUGGAGAAGAGGGGGAUUGAUGAAGUAGGAAUCUACAGGAUCUCAGGGGUGGCCACGGAUAUCCAGGCCCUCAAAACAGCAUUUGACACCAAUACCAAAGAUAUCCUGAUGAUGCUGAGUGACAUGGACAUCAACGCUAUCGCAGGAACACUGAAACUGUACUUCAGGGAGCUGCCGGAGCCUCUGCUCACAGACCGCCUCUACCCUGCCUUCAUGGAGGGCAUAGCACUCUCAGACCCAGCAGCCAAGGAGAAUUGCAUGAUGCACCUCCUGCGCUCCCUGCCUGACCCCAACCUCAUGACCUUCCUCACUCUGCUGGAGCACCUCAAACGGGUGGCUGAGAAGGAGCCCAUCAACAAGAUGUCCCUCCAUAACCUGGCCACUGUGUUUGGCCCCACUCUGCUCAGGCCCUCAGAGUCCGAGAGCACAAAGGGACAGCAAAUCACCUCAGCCUCUGACAUCUGGUCACACGAUGUCAUGGCACAGGUCCAGGUACUUCUCUACUACCUGCAGCAUCCUCCCAUCUCCUUUGCUGAACUGAAGCGUAACACGCUCUACUUUUCCACCGACGUCUGAUCUCCAACACCUCCCUGAGGGCAGCAUAUGGAGAGGAGGGAGUGAGAGACUCAAAACACAUCUAGGUCCCUGCCUCUCAGUCCUCCUGCCUCACCUCUUCUCCUAUCAGGCAGCUCAUCUUGACUGUACAGCCCCCCCUCCCCCCUCCCCGAAAUCAUUCAUCCUGUCUUUAACCCCCAAAUGAACCACCUCACCACCCCCGGUCCUGAGAAGAGAUGGAGCCAAGCACGAAGGGAGGUGGCGAUGAGAUAUUCUGGUCGUCUAUUCGUCACACGUCAUGUCAUGUUAGUAAAGUGAGGCGAGCAGAGCCGCUCCACCCUGCCUCCCACCAACAAGGCAGUCUUGCACCAUGUUGGGAGAGAUCUGAGGGUCUGGAGGCCGCAGCCUGGCGCAGUGGCACAGAAUCUUACUGUGUCUAGUGGUGUCAUCAAGUGACUCCUUUUUGGACACUGGUUUAAAGAUUUGAGAAACCAGUCGACUCAACCUCCUGCUUUGUUUCAUGUUCAGAGGCAUUCCAGUAAAAAAAAGGCAUUUACAUGUUUGAUAAUUAUGUUCAACAACUGUUUAGUUUCCUUUUCAGUCUUUUGUCUUUGUGCAUGUGUGUGGUGGAGGAGGCUGGGUGUGAGUGACAAUGUGGAUGUUCUUGAGUGAUUGAGCAAGAGCAUGAGUGAGUGGAUGUGUGUUUGUGUGUGUGUUUAAGGGACUAUGAGAACUUGUGAGGUUUAGAAGUGGCUGGGAAGCCGUCCUCAUGAAUGGCUGGUUAUGUGUCUCUCUGUGCUGACAAACAAGAGAGAACUGCCCUCCCCAGUGAGUCUUGGCCAAAUUAGCCCUAUUUAUUUUGAAUAUAUAUAAUAUUUGUGCCUGUACAGUUCUGUGCAACUAGAGAAAUGCUCUAAGAAGUCUGUUUUUUGAAGUUUAUUCAGGUAGUGAUGUUAUUCUUUAGUCUGAUUUUCUCAUUCACCAUGUCCAUGGUUGGUAAGCUGUACUGAAAAAGAUCACCAGAAAUUCUGCCAUUUAAUUUCAGAUCACUUAGUAGAGGGGGAAGGGCACUCUGUGACAUGAGGGUUGUUAGAGGGGGAAAAAAAACACAAUGAAUGGAACAUUUAGCUUCUUUUUUUUCUCUAGUUGUUUUAUUGCAAGCCUGUUCCAAGUGUCUUACUGCACCAGAAUAAAGUAUAGGAUGAUUUGUGUAGUUGCCCUCGUUGCAUGUAUCAGCUUGUCAAUCAAACCAGGCAGGGUAACACAAAGGUAGGUUGUCUCUGAGAGGCCCUCGUUCAAACACCCACAACUGCUCUGUACAAAGCCCACCUUUCUGCUAUCAAGCCUGCGACAUAUCUUCAAAUACUGUAAGCACUGCUAGAUGAGUACUAUUUGAUAUUUUUAAUAUAAGAUUAAAAUGAAAUAAAAAAAUGUUGUAUUUUACUUCUUUGAGAAGAAUUUCAAUAUACUGUAAUAUUGAGGCUAAAUGUUAAUGUGAACUUUUCCCCCCUUUUAUAGUAAAAUAAAAGUUACCAAAACACUCUCA